UAAAUAGUAUAUCGUUCAUACUUUUUGUAUUUCAUAGAAAUAAGAACUAAUUAAUUAUUGAUGUUGCACUGAACAUGCUGUAAUAAUAUUUUUUUUUUUUUUUUUUUUUUUUUUUUUUUUAAGACAAACUUAACCGCUUGGGGGAGGCAAACGUGACAAGAGCAGAUCUAGAAAGUCUUAUGUUACGUCUUGCACACAGUCAAUCUCUAAUCGAUGAAUCAGGGAAUGACACGCACACGAAUUGGAGUUUCGAUAACUCUUUUUUCUUCGCUAUCACAGUCGUCACAACAAUAGGUUAUGGUCAUCUUUCACCUUCCACUACAGGAGGUCGUCUGUUUUGUAUUUUUUACGCCACAAUUGGCAUACCUCUGACAGGAAUUUUAUUAGCUGCUAUUGGAGGUCAUUACAGUCAACAUUUGGUAAAAGGUAUUCAAAGAGCAAGAAAAAAUAGGAGUAGGAACUCAAAACUUGCUAUUGCUUUCUGUGCUACAAAGUGCCUUCUUCCCUGGUUGGUUGUAUUUCUUGUGGUGCCCGCGGGUUUCUUCAUGUGGCUCGAAGAGUGGACUUUUGUUGAAAGUUUUUACUAUUGUUUCAUUACAUUGUCUACUAUUGGCUUCGGAGAUUACGUUGCAAGCAAUUUUGAAGGCCCUUACGUGGGAUUUUACAAAACUUUCGUAGUGUUAUGGAUUAUAUUUGGUCUGGGAUACUUAGCCAUGAUCCUCAACUAUAUAUCUCGAAUGAUGCGAUGUAAACAAAUCAGGCGAGUGGAGCGAAAAUUGUCCUCCAGCAUCCAUCACACUCAACAAAGGGUGGGACAAAGACUUGAUGAAGUCUACCACAUCCUGCAAGAUGUUUCUAGGACCCGCACUAUAAGACCACGGAACAGAGCUGCACUCAAAAGAAUGCAGUCUUUCCCAGCUCCAGAGUUAAAGGACAGGAACCAUAAUCACAAAAUUCAGAAACUUUUAACUCUCGUACAGACUUUGAGAGAAGAGGAGCCACCUGCAAGACCUCGACGUUUCAGUCUUCCUUUACCUGUAUCUCCUACUUUGCAGCCAGCUAAUUUUGGCAGAGGUUCUUUGCAAGUAUUCACAACCAAUGGACCAUGUAGACAAAGAUCAGAGAGAGAAAUUGUUAGGAAUGGUUAUCAGAGAAAACCACAAGACAAACCAGCAACUCUUGUAGCUCCUACAGACAUUGAGAUUAGAACAGAGAUCUUGGAUUCACCGAAUAUUGAGAGAGACAGGAGCAGGUGCCAUACACCCAUGUCGAAACUAACAAUAAUAGAUGUAAUAUCAGCAGAACCCAAAUCAGAUUUCGUGGCUGAUCGUCGGACAGUUAUCGAUAUGGAAGGACUUCAGUGCACGCGAGUUUGACACUUUUUAAAUGAAUAAGUCAGCAAAGCUGCAGGGUAUAUAGAUUUCAAUACAAUGAUCUCAUAUUCGUCCAUACUUGCUUGAGAACAUAGGUGACGGAAAACUCAUCUUAAGGCCUGCAAUAAUCAAUGUGAUAUCUGCCAAAUUCUAGUUGAGACUCGCCUCAGAUCUUUCAACAGUUGUUGAUGUGGAUGAGCAUCAGUCCAUUACUACCUUGUAAAAAGAAACUUUAUGUUUAAAGUUUGCAAAACCUAGCCUUAGAGAUCUAAGGCGAUCCUGAUCUAAGAUCUUUGAAUGGCAUUAGAAAGCUAUCGGAGUGUAAUGAAACUUAAAUAAUUCUUCAGAUUAAGAAACACAGUGAAAGUUAUUUUCGUUUCAGAAAUACCACUACAUUAGUUUCUUCAAGAAGCAGGUUGUUUCUCUUGAGAAUGAACUGAUAUAAGAUAUCAGAAACUUUGCCAUUGAAGAAAUUUUGUGUCAGAAUUCCUUAGAAACAUUUCUGUUCCAAACCAGAACUCAUUGCACAUUUUGUAGUUUCUCUUGAGAAUAAACAGGUUGUUUCUCUUGAGAAUAAACUGAUAUAAGAUAUCAGAAACUUUGCCAUUGAAGAAAUUUUGUGUCAGAAUUCCUUAGAAACAUUUCUGUUCCAAACCAGAACUCAUUGCACAUUUUGUGGAAACAGAAACUUCUGUGUUGGAUGCAUUUUAAAAUUCUCAAAACCAUGAUUUACCACUAAAUACCUCAUGAUUUUCAUGAAGAUUAAGUCAUUAUGAAAAUACUAUUUUUUUACAAUUUCAAAUCUGCUCGAAGGCUAGUUUAGUGGGUAUGUUAUCUAAACAAAAUUAUUCUGGGCAUUUUAAAGGAAGUUUAUAUAAAAAGCUAAUUUCUAUAUAGCUCAUUUGAUUGCAAGUUUUGAAUAACAUACAGAAAGUACAAGCCAAAAGAUUGUUUCAAAAAAUAUACAUGUAAUUUUAUCAUUGAAGUAAUAUGCCUUACUUAAUUUACAUUCAUCCUUUUAGUUCUCAAAAUGUGAUAACUAAGUGCUUUUCAAAAACAGAUUUCAUAACAUUCAAGAGCAUCCGCAUGCAUGAUGCGCUAAUAAAACUCUUUCUUACAGUCAGUGCAAUUAUUUCAGCUAGUUUUAAAGUGGAAAGUGUUCCAAGUGUUCUAAGGUUGUGGAAAUAUUGCUCAAUGUUUCCUAAUGAGUCUUAAUAAGAACUUAUAUGACAGAAAAGUACCGAUUUAUAUUAAGGUCUAUGGCUUAGUUACAUAGUGAUGUCAUUUCUACCACUUAAAAGUAGUGUACUAUGUUCCUAAUCCACAAUCAUUUCUCACAUUAUGUUUCAUAUAACAUAAGUACAAUGGAGAAGAUGAAACAUAUCAUUUUUAGUAUACUUCUUUUAUGUUUAAUCAUUUGUGUAAGUGAUUAAUUUAAAAUUUUACAUUAGAGAUAAAUGUAUAAAAUUCUGGAAGGUAAAAUGGUGCUUAACAAUUCUUCUCUUCAUUACAGACAUAAAUUUGAUUAAAAUUUAGUCAAAUCUAAGAUGUUACUGAUUCGAUGAAAUACUGCAGAUUUGUUUUAUACCUCAGAAUGCUAUUCUAAUAUUUUAUGUCUGUAAUGAUGACUUUUUUCCAAAUAUGCGAGUUUAAAAGAAAUAUUAUACCAUUUUUCCUUUUAAGAAUUAGUAUUAUGAAAUCUAUCAGUUAUAGGUUUGAUUUCUACACUUCUGUUGCUGUAUAUAUAUGUUAUUGAAAAGGUAGCAUACUAAAGAAAAAGUAUUAACAUAUUCACUUCAAAUAACUAUAUUAGUUUUCCCAAAAGUAACAUAUUUAUAGAACUGAUCAGUAUUGCCAUGCCAGAAUUAUGCUCUCUUUUUCAUCAAAAAAUGUAUAAAUUGGAAACUACUAAAAAUAAAAAUGUUAUAGAGAUUCUCAACCGGGUACGCUAGAAAAAAAUAGAUGGUAUGCAAAUAAACAAAGUGUUUUUUAACUAUUGAAUUCAAAAAUUAAAUACCCCAACAUCCUGUUUACAUUUUUUUCUCUAACACUUGUAAAUUUAUGCGAUCUGAGCUUUGUUGAAAAUCAAUAGCCACUCAUAGACUUUAGCAAAAUAAUCUGUUUUUACUUUCACAAAUAUUCUUUUAGCCAUAUGCAUAAUAAAAUUUGUCAUAAAUGGUGUUUUUAAAAGAAGUUAUAGAAAUUAAUGUUGUAUUUGAUAAGAAAUAGAGUUGAUCGAUUUAUUAGCAUGUCUAAACUUUAUGUCGUCACCAUUUCCAGACUCGUAUUUCUCUAUUAGAAUCAUUUUUAUGUAGAUUUGUUGUCUAUAAGAGCAGAUAUUUUGUCUUCUUGGCUUUUAUUCCUUACUCUUCUACGCGAUUUGAGAAUAUAGUCGUUUGAUUUUAAAAAACUCUUAAUAUAUCUUUCAUUUCAAUAUUUGUGAAAAAAUAAUAAAACAAACCUUUGAUUUUCCAAAUGGAAAAAUGACUAUGAUUGACUAAGCGUAAUUGUAAGUGAUGAUUCACAGGUGAUGGAUCCAGGACAAUCUACUAACACUAAGAAUACUGAAAAGAAAAAAAAAAAAAAAAAAAAAAAAAAAAAA